GCGGCGAGCACGUGGUGCAGUGCAGUCGGUGUGUGCGUGUGUGUGCGGUGCCUGAAGCCAGCGCUGAGUGGAGCUUGUCUGCCAGCAGCUUCAGCAGCGGCUCGUUCUGGAUCCUAGCACGCUCACUGACAAUUCAAGGAGGCCCCCUUUUCUUCCUAUUUCCCGCGGAUUAUCGUUCACCAUGGGCGACAAAAAGAGCCCUAGCAGGCCAAAAAGACAAGCCAAACAAGCUGACGACGGCUACUGGGACUGUAGCGUCUGCACCUUUAGGAACACGGCCGAGGCUUUUAAAUGCAACAUCUGCGAUGUGAGAAAGGGCACAUCAACAAGGAAACCCAGGAUCAACUCCCAACUGGUGGCCCAGCAGGUGGCCCAGCAGUACCCAAUGCCACCCCCGGCUAAAAAAGAGCGACGGGAGCGGAGCGAGCGCACAGACAGGGAACGGGCGGACGGUGAAGGAGAGAGCGCUAUCGGGGAGGCUCGCCCUGAAGGUGAGCGUCCGGAGAUAGUGAGGCCCGAGAUAGACACUUCUCCCCCUGACAUUGACAAGAGUGACAAGGAGCAGCCCAAGGAGCAGCCAAUCCAAGACAAAGCCGACAGAGAGAGAGACAUCAUCCCGGCCCUCACAAAGAAGCCCAGCAUCAAAAAAAGCAGGUCAGUGAGCAUGGAUGCAGAUAGAGACAUUUUGCUGAGGGCGUCAUUGCCUCACUGGUGUUUGUGUCUGUCUUCCCCCAGACCCAAAUCAGAUAACCAUCAGAGUCCACCCAGUGACAAACAGAGUAUACAGUCUGGCAAAUCAGCAACCAAGACCAACAACAAGAACAAUCAUAUUUCCAGGCCCAAGCUGAAGAACAUCGACCGGAGCACGGCGCAGCAGCUGGCCAUCACCGUGGGCAACGUGACGGUGAUCAUAACAGACUUUAAGGAGAAGAGCCGUUCCUCGUCUACGUCCUCGUCCACGAUCACGUCGAGCGCAGGCUCCGAACAGCAACACCAGAGCUCCGGCUCAGAGAGUAUGGACAAAGGCUCGUCGCGUGCCUCCACGCCCAAAGGAGAUCUCUCCGCAGGGCACGACGAGUCCUUCUAGGGCCUGGCCCUCUCUCUGUUGACCCCGCCCACUUGACCCCCUUUUCACCCCACGUUACUGGACACUUUGGAUCCCAAAUGGGGAGAGACUUCACCUUCCCCACGGCCACGCUGCCUCUGUUCCAUGACCAACCUGGAUGAGGAGAAGGGCUCAGAGUGCACCUAACAUGGAAACGAAGGCCUCCAGUGGACAAGGAAAAGUAGCUGUGGACUAAACAGAGUUAACGCCCAUGCUAGCGUCAAGACACUUGUAUGUAUUGUUUUAUAUUUGGACGUGGAUGUGAGGCCAAGUCGAUCUUUUUGUUUUUGUCGAGAACAUUUCUCCGCCGGGCACAAUAACCACCGUUGUUUUAUUAUUAUCAUUUGUACCCUUAUUUAUUACCUGUGGCACCUGUAUACUUGGGUAUUUUCCGUAUAAUGUUGAAGCUUGGCUGCGUAGCUCUGCAGACCGAUCCUUCCCUCAGUGAUUUUAUUGCAGUUUGAAAUUAUGCCAGACACACACACACACACACACACACACACAAAGGUGCUAGAUACACUGUGAAAAGUUUUGCAGAUAUUCCAAUCACUCAAUGUGAUGAAGAAUCCAAUUGCCACUCCCUUUCCUCAACAAAACGGUCUCACUCCGAACACUGUUGGGACCUUCUUCACGGCUGCGGUGUGCACCCAGAAGUCCAAAUACUCAACUUUCAACUCAUAAUCUUCUACAGUAUUGUGUGUCCUUAACUGUACAGUGUAGGCUGUUGUGUAAAACACUAAAAGCUGUUGGUAUUUGCUCCAUUCCGUUGUGCAAAUGUUGAGUUUCCUGGCUCCAGGUGAAGUUGUGUGGCCCUUAAGUUGGAGUUUAUCCUGAUGCGACUGAAGGAUAGUUGCACGCAGUCUCACUUGGUGAAACCAUAUGGAACUGUCAAACACACUUCAACAAAUGUAAUUUUUUUGUUUGUUUGUUGUGACACCUCAAAACCUGCUAGAAACCAGUGCAAAUAAGUUCUCUUCUUGACAAUUUCAUUUCCUUUUUUAUAUUUGCUAAAUAGUAAUUUAAAGACUACAGUCAUUGUAGGUGAAAAUAAAAUCACAAUUGCUCUUUCAUUUUAGAACAGCAAGGAUUGUUAAAGGUUCUAAUUCACUUGCACCCAUAGCUGAUACGAGAACAACCUAAUUUCCUUUUAAGUGUAUGAAAUUGUAUAAAGAAUAAAUGUGUAUAUGAUAUCUUAGUUUUAUUUAUUGAAGGACCAAAGGAAUUUCAUAUUGACAUGAUACAUAGAUGAAUAAAAAUUUGAAAUGCAAUUAUUGCAAUUAUCUAAUGUUUGAGAUGAAUAACAGUUUAAAUAAAGACUAAUAUAAUCCAUGUUAAUGGUGUUCUUAUUGUUCACUCUCGCUGCGCACAGCGCGUCACACUGGACACGUGCAGGUGGUGAGAGGCGGGCUGAGUGAACCCCCCAUCACCAUAGAUGUAGCCCCCCUCACCCGCAGCACACCAGGUGUGGCUGAGGUCCAUCCCGGCAGAAUUUGAGAGCACGAGUUCAUCUGUGCUUUCUCACGAGGGGAUAACCCUUUUAUGUAUCUCAUACCUUUUUCUUUCUUUUGCUCUUCAGUGGUUAAAAUGUAAUCGUACUUUGUUGCGUAUGAAAAAAUGCCAUCAGUGUUCAAAGUGGGGAGAAGCCAGGUGGAUACAAUGGGCUGAAAAUGAAAUGUUGGAUUUUUACACCCAGUUUUGUAAUACAAUCGUUCCGAAAUGGGCCUAAAAAGCCAUUGUUUCACUUGCCUUAUCUGCAACCACAUAGUACUGCAAGUGAAAAGAUUUGUGUUAAAUUAUUGACAAAUGGCCAUUUGAGUAUAUGACAUAUUGCUUGUACAUAGUUUUAAAAUCUGCAAACACUAUUAAAUGGCAUUGAAGCUGAAGUCAUUUGUUCCUCGUUUUCUUUCCGCGCAAGCAGUUCUGUUCUUGUGUGCGACCAGUAACCUUAAUUUACUGUGUAAAGAUGGUUACAUUUUUUUAGCUUUGUUUGUCAGAGAUCCAAAUAUACAAUGCUUGUUUACUGACUGUAUAUCUUAAACGUGAAUUCCCAACUCAGUGUAUUAUACAAACUCAUUUCUUCCUAUAAGAUGUCUUGUAAAAUGGUUUUAAAACUUAUUGAUCUGUUGAAAAGGAAUGUGAGAACAUUUGUAGGACAGUACAAUAAUUCAUUCUUUGUUUCAUCAUUUAAGUUUUCCUUUUUAUUUUUGGUUUGUUUAACUUCUAGCUGAUGUGUCAUUGUUUCCCUUUGUGAAAUGGUCACAUUAUGUUUCUGGUGUGGAAAUGUAUGUAGCCUUUUCAGCAGAUCACAGCUUUUCGUCCAGCUUCUAAUGUUGAACUACGACAUGUUCCUGGCAUGUGCACGACUUUGCGCUUAUAGACUAACCUGAUCAUUUUCCUUCUUGCUUCAAAUAGAAAUGUCUAUUUAUGAAUUUUGCUUGUAGUUUUUCACAAAUAAAAUUGUUGAAGUUA